AUGGUUACAAUAUUGUCACUUUCUUUCCAGGGAUGUCAGUUAGUCAUUGUUUCCAUUCCACAUUCAGCUGUUCUUGUUUUCUUCCUAGUCUUGAUAAGGUAUGCAGUUGUGAUAGAGGCAAACAAAGGAAUAGGAUUUGAGAUAUGCAGGCAGUUAGCUUCUCAAGAAAUCACUGUGGUGUUGAAUGCCAGAGAUGAGAGGCGGGGACUUGAUUCUUUUCACAAACUCAAAGGGACUGAUGCUCUUUCUAGUGAUCUUCUCUUUCAUCAGCUUGACGUUGCAGAACCAUCUAGCGUUGCUUCCAUUGCUGAAUUCAUCAAGGCUCGGUUUGGAAGGCUUGACAUCUUGGUGAAUAAUGCUGGGGUUGGGGGAUCUAUUGUUGAUAGUGAAGCUUUUAAAAAGGCUGUAUUCAAGAUGGAGGCCAUUCUUGUUCAAGACGGAGUUGAUCCAGCGAUUCACGGAAUCGAGAACAAACCAGAAGAUGUAAAGGGUGCGGAUUUCGUCGAUAUGGAUAAGAAGGUCAGAUCCAGCAUAAUCUUAAAUCUUUCCAAUGAGGUAUUGCGUGAGGUAGUAACGGAGACUUCGGCCAAGGCUAUGUAG